AUGAAUUAUCUGCCAAAAGAAUGUUUUAUCACAAAGCUUAGAAUAGAGACCAAAGAGAUACUACGAGAGCUGAUAUUUUUAAACUUUUUGGAGAAGAAAUACAGUCCAUAUCUUCAUCUUUUUGUUAUUUUAUAUAUAUAAAUAAUAAUAAUAAGUACAAUAAAACAUAGCGAGUGGAGAGGACUCAGAGAAGUUACAAUGUCCAAAACAAAGGAGCAGAAGAAGCGUAAGAAAGGCGCAGAUGUCGUCGAUAAAAUUUAUCAACGAGAUCUUCCCAAGAUUUGGAAUCUGUCCACUUGUAUUGCCACUCAAUGUUAAUUAAGAGGAAAAAAAAACAAUAACACCUGAAUAUCCUCGAAAAGGUGCUGUUUUUUUUUUCUCUUCUUUUUUUUUUCCUCUUCCAUUCUCGUGGUUACUGCUGCAUGCAUAUUUAACUUUGGUUUAGUAAUGCAUGGAA